CAAAACACUGUCCUAUAUUUGAGCAAUUUAUUUUUUACUUGCACUCAAAAAUAUGUAAGGGUGACAGUCACCAACAGUGGUGACAAUAGGUGCAGCACCAAGCUGACUGCUGAUUUUGAAAAGGUAAGUAGAUGACCACUUGGCUAUGAUAUCUUAGGAAAAUCAAACUUUAUAGACUGAAAAAUGAAAUACUCCCAGAAGAAGGCAAAAGCUAACCACUUCUCUUUUAGGGUUAAAAGAAAGCACCAUAAAGCUGCAACAGACUCACAGGAGACCUGACGUUAAGGGAGGACAGAAGGGUAUAACGCUUUCUUGGUUAAGCACUUUGGAAGUUCUGCAAAAAAUAACUUUUCUGGAGCCUUUUUAAAAUGCUGGAUUGGACAAAGGCAGAAUUUGUGUAAUCCUUCCAGACUAUCGUUUUCAUCAAUUUAUUCUUCAAUUUACAGAAGGCUGCAAAAGGAAGUUGAUUUGUUGCAGAGUGGCAGACUUGCUGCCCUAUUAGACUUAAUACAUAAAAAGGUAAUAAUCAGAGAAAUAGAAAUGUGAUAAAAUUAGACUAUGAAAAGUAUGAAAAACUAACUAUAACGAAAACACUUGUAUUAGCUGCAACAAUGAUAAACAUUACUGAUUCUGGAGCUUCCUUCUUUUAAAUUAUUUCUUCCAUUUCUCAACAAACCACUCCACAUCUUUCAUUUUUAUAAAACCAUAAAAUAUCAAGAUUGGAAAGAAUUGUAGACACUCUGAAUUCCAACUCUAAGUUUAGUCAUUUUCUGAAACAACACCAAUUGUGCUUUGUCUUUACAUGAUGGCCUUCAGUUAGGUAAAGACAGCUGUCGUGUCUCUUACAGUGUUCCAACUAUCCAUAUGUUUUCCUUUCAGGCCACUUCUCAUCUUGUUUGUUCUCAUCUGGAUAUAUUUCAGUGUGGCACAGAAGUGAUUUACAGGCCUGUUCAAACUAUCACAACUGGAAAAAAUGUGACUCUGUUCUGUCAGCUGGCCAAAAAUCAUGACAUUAUUCAGGUCACCUGGCAAAAAAACCAAACCAACAUAGCAACUUACAGCAAAGCUUAUGGAGCUAAAAUACUGAGUAACCAGAGCAAUAUCCAUCUUUCCCAGAGUGAUUUGACUUUUUCUGCCAUCACUUUCAAUGGGGUGACAUUCAAGGAUGAAGACUGUUACAGUUGUAUCUUCAAUACAUUUCCCUUAGGACCUAUUUCAGGCAAGACAUGUCUCAAAGUCUAUGCUCUAACAGAACCUGAAAUAAAUGUAAGACAAGUUCCUAAUCUGGAUAAUAUGGAAAAAAUAAGAGAAAUAAACUGUUCGGUAACAGGAAGACCAACUCCAGUAAUUACCUGGAAGAUGAAGAAACCUCUUCAGAUAAAGCCAAAAUCACAUAUGAUUUCACACUCAAAUAAGACAGUAACUGUUAUCAGCACGUUUACUCAAGUCUUGUCCAAGACAGUCUCAGAAAAUUCAGUAAUCUGUGUUAUUCAACAUCCAUCUCUAAACACUUCACAAGAGUUGAUGUUAUCUGAAAUUGUAAGCAAACAAGCCCCAAACAAACAUCAAAGAAUUGUUAUUGCAACUGUCUGUAUACUGGUUUCCCUAUUUGUCCUUGGGUUAUUUAUCUUUUUCAUAUGCUGGUAUAGGAGACGAGCACUAAUAGAAAAAGAGCAAGAUCUUCCAUGCUGGGUUGUUCCACUUUGUUCUGGAAAAACAUCAUGUAGAAAAAAUGGCUACACAAAGAGAAAGGCCCCUAUGAAAUCACUUGCUGAAAGAAAGUUUCUGGACACAUGAAACAUUUCUAUACAAAACAUGAAAUCACAUGAUGGAAAGGCAUGAACACAUAGCUCUGAGCAUAGACAGGAGCAUGCAACCAGCAGGCUGGUUAGCACCUAAAGGACCUCUCCUUGCCUUUUAAUUAAUUUUCAGCAUUCUUUGCCUCUUUUAAAUAUUAUAUAUAGUUUUUAUGCUUUUAAUAUUAUAUUUGUAUACUGCCCAGACUCCUUCUGUGAGAGAGAUGGGUGAUUCCUAAAUAUACUAAAUAAAUAAAUAAAAACAAUAAUAUUUUCCCUAUGAAUACUCCUUAUUCUGGAUUUUUUUUUCCAAAUUAGGUAUUGCCUAUGUGUUUACAAUUAAUGUUUAUGAGCCAUACUCUAUGUAAGGCAUACUGAUAACCAGAAACAAAGCUAAA